GGAAAACUAUCACAUGGCACGAUAUACAAUUCAAUAGUAAUAAUUUAAUAUUUAUAAAAAAAAUAAUACACAUAACUAUUUUAGGCACUCUAAAAUUUGUUGACAGCUCAAUGCUGGAAAUUAGUAGGAGUUUUUUUCGAAAAAUUACUAACAAAAAAGAAAGAUGAAACAAGCAGAUGGAUUCUUGCAGAUGGAUGAGGGUCUGGAGCACCAAGAGCAACUGUAUCUCCUCGAGGUCUUGGUGGACAAUAUUGCCAUCCAGGAAUCCAGAGUUCCGAGCUACCUCCUCGAACCAUAUGGCCCUCUUGUUGUCAAGGCCAAGUUCCUGGAUUUUCCAGACCUGGAAUUCGAUCAAGGGAAAUGCACUUUGGGGCAGGAUGGUGAUGAACCAAUACUAGCAGGGAAGAUCAUAACCGGUGCACCUGAGUCCUGGCAGAUAGAGGCGGCCAAGGACCAAACGGACUUCGAGAAAUAUCCUCAAUACCGGGUAUUCAUCCCCGUCAUCAGGAGUUCUCCUGAAGAGGCCGGACACGAAGAUACUGUCCAGGUAUUGGUCCCGCAGUCUGCAGUGGUUACUGGCGAGGGCCUCAGGUACAUCAACGCGGUGGUGAAGACUGAAUUGGACCCCGCGAUAAUGGAUCAAGUUCACAAGCAGAUAGAGGAAGAAGCACGCCGAAGAGCAGGAGGAUCCAACAGGAUCAACGAAUACACUUUUGCAGCAGGAAAAUCUCUCUUGUUCCCUAUGACGCCAUAUAAACUUAUUCAAAAUUUAAGAAAAUCACCGCUUUAUCUUCAGGUGACUAGGAGUGGAAUGUACGCUACUGAUAAACCAUUUUUCACUCUCAUUGGACAAGUAAAAUUGCUUUUAGGAGAUUCAUUCGUAAGAGCAAUCAUGGUGGCCGGGAACACAAAGGUGCUUCCGGUUUCAGCUCAUAUUGAAGAUCAGUAUCCGAUAUCGAAUAUAUUCGGUGACGAAACCGGGAAAAUUUCAGUCUUUUUACGUCUUUCAUGUUUUGGAAAAUCGGCUUUUGAAAAUGAAAGACCGGAUCUCUUAGGAGACCCUAGUUCAAAACAGCCUGAAGGUGGCACGUCAAAGAGGCUUAAUCCGAUGUAUUCAGAUCAGUACGAGCAAGAUCUAAACCAAUCAGAUUUUCAAGGCCAACAAGAAGAAAGGAUUUCGAAACCUGUUCCUUGGAGGAAAGCAUGGGAUGAUAUGCCCGAAUUUCCGAAGCCUCUCCCGGCACUUCCACCAUUUUACGAACCAUUGCCACCACCUCCUCCUCCUCCACCGCCACAGAAACCGUUCGACAUCGGUGAAAACCUUCCUGAUUUGCCGAGAUGCGGUCCUCAUCAAGGGCCACCUUGUUACAGAAGAGCUGGAGAUCCGCCGUUGUCUUAUUGUACGAAAGACUUGGAGGCGCAAUUGAGACGGGAAGAAAUGACCAAGUAUACUCAGACGGAUUCGGAGUUGCAAAUGAAAAGCCAAGCCUCUAUACCUCCUCAAGAUGUGAUGGAAAAACUGGAAGCGAACUUUAAAAAAAAAUUCGAAAAACCAGAAGCGGAAUACCAAGAGUUGAACAAAUACAAGGUUAAUGUAGGUGAAUCUGAAUGCGAAUCAGGGAAUCGUGAAUGUGAUGGUGCACGUUACAGAAGAAGCAGAGAAAUUGUAGAUGAAUAUAAUAGGUUUGAUGGAAUGAUGAAUAAAGAUAAAGGUCAAAUGAGGUUUGAUGGAUUGCCUAAUAAAGAAAACGAAGAACCAACCCCAAAGGUGAAAAAUUUAUUAGAAAAAAAGUCGGUUAAAAAGUGUACUUGUCCUAGGAUUCCGGACAUCCUGCUUCCGCAGCCAGUUUGGAAUCCACAGUGUAGCUGUCGUUGUGGUGCCUACAAAGCUAAAAUAGCUCAGCAGAAGAAGGCUGAUGCACUAAUAAAAGAGAAGAUUAUGUCAGAUCGACAAAGCAAUGAUGAAACAGAAAGUAAUAAAGAUCGUACUGAAAAAAAUCAAAAAACAGAAGAAGGAAAAGGUUCUCCAAUGUCUUCAAACUUAGCGAUAGGGAAAAAAAAUAAAAAAUAUAUCGAAACGAUUUAUCCUAAAAGGGAUGACGUAUUUUUCCUACCGGGUGCUGAUUCGUCAACCCACAUCGCUCUCACAAGUCAGGAAUGCGGCUACGAUUUAAAGAGAUACCUUAAAAGAGCUGAAGAAAUGGGCGAGUUCGAUCAAGUGAGGAAAUACAUCGACCCCAACCCGCUGGCUGGUCUUAAGCCGACCAAGAUGCCGGAUGAAGUAAAAAAAGGCCUCGAAAAGGAGGCUAAAAAAUUGGAAGAGAAGAAUACUGUACCGGUCGAAAACGUGGAAACGAAACCACCGGCAGUUACCAAGAGCGAAAAAGAAAAGAAGGAAGAAACUACAAAAGAUAUCGAGAGGAGGAAUAGUGUCAAGACUGAUGGUGGAAAAGCACCUGAUGAAAAGGCAUCAAGCCCAGCAAAACCUGCUCUGACCAAGAAAGAACAAAAGGUGAAAGCUAAAGUAAGAGCAAGCAAUAUAUACGAGUACACGGCAGGCAUGUACCCAGGAAUUCACGUGGGACACAAGUACUGUGUGAGACCUCUAAGACUGGUUCCAAAGACGAUGGGGUGGCUCUGGAAUGUUUCUGAUCUUGGCGGUGCGCUUAAGCCUGGAAGAGGUUGGCGUCCUGGUGCGGUACGUAGGAACGUAAACAAUCUCCUCAAAGAAUGGAGGACCGCAAACAAAGGAAACAGAGACAUGAAGCCGGAACAGGAUCUGGACAUGUUGAUGAUAUCCACGAAGACGAAGAGGACUAGACCUACAACGCCGAAGAGCACAGGAUCUAAGAAGGAUCCUGACAAUAUGAAACUCAACCCGACGAUCCAUCUUCACAAGAAGGAUAGGUUCUAUUAUGUCUCCAUGUAUCCUGUGAAGACCGAAUCUCAGGAGGAAAUGGGAGAAGAGCCACAACCUAUUCAAUUUAAGAUAGACAGGAAACAUCCUGACGGCCGACCGCCCGGAGAUGAACCCUGCCUCUCUUCAACGGACACCUCUUCCGACAGCUCAUCCUACGAAGUGGAAUACAUUGCUCCAGCGGCCAUGAAGCAGAAGAAGCGGAAGGUAGACAAAACUCACAUGUUCAGCCAGUACGAUGAGGAGGACUUUAUGCCCAAGAAAGUACAAAAGAAAGGUGCUAAACCAUUUGAAGAACUUCCAGAAACUGUUAAAAAACAAGAUGACAAAGAUAAGAAGGGAAAGAAAGGGAAAAAGGGAGGUAAAAAAGGAAAAGGGAAAAAGAAAAAAUAAGAAAUAUUCCCACGCAGUAACGACAUAACAUACAAACCAAUUUAUUACAAUCAAAUUAAUGAUAUUCUAUUCAUGUCUCUUGUAAUAAAUUGUAAGAUUUUUCUUAUAAA